AUGUCUGAGGUCCAACAUGAAACUGACCCCGUUGCGACGGGUCCGGAGGGGGACUAUCCCCUUGCACUGGCUCCGCGACAGGUCACUCUUCGGGACCGAUCAACCGUGGCAACGCUGGUCCCUUUCACCUCAGCCGAGGAUGUGCCCCGGCCACUUCUGAAGUAUCUAUCCGAUCAAUUUAACAAAGAAAUUGAAAAGGGUGAUACUUAUGCUAUGACCGAGCCCAUCCCUUUGGCUCAGUUUGGGCGGUAUUGGUUCUCCCACUUUGGUGUGGUCAUGCUGCUUGGUGAGAUACAAAGUGCAGAGCAGACGCAUGCAAUGGAUCGAGCCGGAGCAAAUUGGACCAAGAUUUGUCUCGGAGGUUUCCACAUUCGACCCAAUUACCCGGGUCGUAGUAGCCAUGUUUGCAAUGGUACCUUCAUCGUCACAGAUGCUGCUCGAAACAAAGGUGUAGGUCGCUUGAUGGGUGAAGCUUAUCUGGAAUGGUCUCCGCGUCUAGGAUAUACAUACGCUGUCUUUAAUUUGGUAUACGAGUCCAACGUUGCCUCCUGUCGCCUAUGGGAUUCCCUUGGCUUCAAGCGGAUCGGUAGAGUCCCCGGCGGAGGCAGCAUCAAGUCUCAACCUGGAGUGUUUGUGGAUGCAAUCAUAUACGGACGGGGUCUCAGCUUAGAUGGCGAGGACUCUGUCUCACAAGAUCGAUUUGAAAAAAUCCGUUACUAUCUGAAGCACUCCAAAUAUCCCCGGGGCGCCGAUCGAGCCGAGAAGAGUCGACUUCGCAGUGCAGCCACGCAUUAUAAACUCAUCGGCGGAGAAGAUGGCGAGACGGAGAAACUGAUGCUCAAGGAUAAGGAAGUUGUAUCUGACCCUCAGCAGCAAUAUGAAAUCGCACAGGAGGUUCACCUGAAGCAACACGCUGGAAUCAACAAGACCACUGCUGCCAUUGCGGUCAAAUACCAUUGGGUUCGAAUCAAAGAAACGGUCAAUCGGGUCAUUCGUGAUUGUCCUCAAUGCAAAGAAACACUCAAGGUACCGCCGAUCUCAGGAAGCAAAGACGAUGAUCAGUCGGUCUCAGUUGAGGAAUCCGAUAUGACUGAAGAUCCCAUGGAGCAGCACUCAAAAGAGACUGAUGUCCCUCAAGCCAUGGACGAGGCGUCCGACGAGUCCUCAAAUCACAAUCCUUUCAUGAACCCAUCAAUCCCUGCCACUGUCCCGGGAAAUGUACAUCCUAUGGCGAAUUUCACACCGAUGCCCCUGGACCCUCAAAUCAUGGCUCAUCAGCAGCUCCGACGUUAUCAACAGCAGCAGAAUGCCAUGGCCGGGAUGUUCCCACCGGGGUCCCACCAUAUGAACUUGACGAAUUUCGACGACGCAAUGCGCUAUCAUACCGCUAAUAAUGCCUAUCAAAUGAUGGUUGAUGAUGGCUCCGACCCCUUUCGGCAGGAGGUGCUGGGGCUGAUGAACCCUCCUCCGCACGACCUACAACAUGAUGCAGAGCUACUCGCUAAGUACGAGUACGGUAGUCCAUCGGAUGGUAAUUAUGAUUUUACUUGA